AUGAAAGUGCUAAAGGGGUAUGUUCAGAAUCGUACUCGUCCCGAAGGUUGCAUUGCUGAGCGGUAUAUAGCUGAAGAAGCUGUAGAGUUUUGUACCGAGCAUUUAUCUGAUGUUAGUACAGUUGGAGUGCCUUCAAGCCAAAAGAUGGGAGUUUCAAAGCCAUUAUCAGGUUGCACAGUGAGCGUAGUUGAUCGGGACCUGUUGAACCAAGCACAUCUAUAUGUCUUGGAGAAUACGGAGGAAGUCCUACCUUAUAUCGAGCAACAUAUGAUCCACAUCAAGACCGCUUAUCCAAAAUUUAGAAAGAGAACAAAGUGGCUGCAGGAUAAGCACAAUAGCACUUUCAUUCAAUGGCUACACUUCAAGGUUCAAAGUGAACUUAAUGAGGAAGACAAUCAUGGCGUAUCAGAAAAUUUAAGGUGGCUAGCAGCUGGUCCAAACAUGGCAGUGCCAUUAUAUAGGAGCUAUCUUAUUAAAGGUAUUAAAUUCAACAUCAAGGCACAAGAUGAUGUGCGGACAACUCAAAAUAGUGGAGUUUAUUUACUUGCACAUACCAUGCAAGUUGCUAGUGCCAAGGAUAAAAACCCAAUUCUCUCAAAUAUGGUGGACGAACUUGGAUUUACCCUUGUAGAUUUGAGUAAAAUUGGACAUAGGAAUGACCAAUUUGUUUUGGCUUCUCAAGUCAAACAAGUAUUUUUUGUUGACGACCCGAUGCAUCGUGGUUGGUCGGUAGUGUUAUCAAUGCCUAAUAGAGAAUAUAAUGAUGUUAUUGGUGAUGAUGUCUUAGGUGAUGUGAGAAUUGAGUGUGAGCCAUUUACUAGAGGGGAUGCCAAAUGUUGA